AUGUCUACUAGACUUCCUACUCUUCUUCAUAACCAACUCGGCGGCAAGCUGUCCGCCUCUGGCCUGUUGCUGACGAGCGGCUGCUGGACGCUGCCGAUCCUCCUGCGACGCGUUGUUCCGCGACGAGCGUGUCAUUCGCCUUUCCAACUCCCCAAACGAACUUUUCUCGUUCAGCCGAGUGCUCCAUACUCCACCAUGUCAGCAUCGCAUAUUGAGUAUGGGUAUGUUGAAGACGUUGAGGCACUGGGCGACUACCGGCCGGGUGGCUAUCACCCCAUCCAGAUCGGAGAUGUUCUUCACGAGCGUUAUCUCAUAGUCCACAAGCUCGGUCACGGCACAUUCUCGACGGCAUGGCUUGCUCUUGACAAUCACACGUCGACGUAUGUCGCCAUCAAAGUCGGCACCGCAGAUGCGGACAGCCGGGAAGUGGAUAUCUUGUCUCAGCUCACGCCAGGCGCUGUUGCUACCUCUGAUGGGUUCAGCCACGCGGCAGAAAAGGCGGGCAUAAUCCCUCUGGUCCUGGACCGUUUUACUCUUGAAGGCCCCAACGGGACUCAUCCUUGCUUCGUAACACUCCCGGCCAGAUGCAGCAUUAUGGACGCGAAGGAGGCGUCCGACCCGAGACUAUUCCAGCUCGACGUUGCUCGGUCUCUGGCUGCCCAACUUGCUAUGGCUGUGUCUAUCGUUCACUCGCACGGUUAUGCUCAUGGGGAUCUCCAUCUCGGCAACCUCCUUCUCCAGCUACCUUCAUCACUCAACAACCUCUCAGUUGACCAGUUAUAUGCCGAGUUUGGAGCCCCAGAGCCAGAGGCUGUCGUCCGCCUCGACGGAAAACUCACCUCUUCAGCAGCUGGGGUUCCUCCGUACGCCAUCCCGCCCGUGUGGCUGGGAAAAGCAAGCGAUGAGAUCGCCUUGGACGAAGCAAAGCUACUACUCGUCGACUUUGGCGUCGCCUUUCGCCCAUCAGAGAAAUCCCGCUUUGAAUCAUACACGCCCCUCGUGAUUCGUCCACCUGAGGCGUUCUUCGAGCCGAAGACGCCGCUCUCGUUGGCAUCCGACAUAUGGAGUCUCGGCUGCACCGUCUUCGAGUUGCUCGCCCACAGAUCCCUAAUCGACGGGAUCCUUGCGCCCCAGGACGAAAUCACCGCCCAGCAGGUUCAUUUGCAAGGUCCCCUGCCGUCCGAGUGGUGGGAUAGCUGGGAAGAACGGUCGAAAUGGUUCGACGAGGCGGGGCGACCGCUCAGCAACGAGCGUGACAUAUGGACGUGGGAUAGGCGGUUUGAGCAGUGGGUGCAGGAGCCGAGACAGUCUUGCGGCAUGGACGUCAUCGACGACGAGGAGGAGGCUGCGCUGUUUGAGAUGCUACGCCGGAUGCUCGCAUGGAGACCCAGCGAGCGGCCGACUGCAGAGGAGGUGUUGGACAUGGCUUGGAUGAAGACGUGGGCACUGCCCGCGUAUGAAAAGUGUCAGAAGGCCUGGGAAUGA